AUGAAAUUUGAGGGGGGGAGUCGUACUGAAAUUUUAUUUUACAAUUCCAUUCUUGCAUUUUUUCUCAAUGAUCAACAUUCCUCGUCAUUCCAUAUCAUUGGCAAGCAGUUGCAAAUUAAAUACUUGCGCUUAGUCCGCAUCCUAUGUUCCAUUGAACUUCUGCGUGCCGCAGGAGAUCAGGGUCUUUCGGGAAAUUGUUCCACGAAUGAAGAAUGCCGGAAGACGGGAGGCAAUGCCUUCAUCCAGUACCGUUCGAAAUCCAUGCUGAGCAAAGACUUUGAAGGGCCUGUCUCCUGGGUAGCCGGGCCUUUCGGUGAUUGCAUUCGUGCUUGUCCUGGCUCGAGGCGCGCAUUCGGAAACAAGCCUGCCUUUCAGAAGCGUGAGGUGAAGUGCUACUCACUAAAUGCUGAACAGCUUGAUGAUCACGAAUGUGGGCAUUUGAUGAAGCCUCGGAAGUACAAGCGUUGCCACUGCGGAGUCCUUUCGUGCCCCAAAGAGUGCAGCGACUGUGAUGAAGAAGACGAACCCAGUGGCAACUCAGAAUUUGGAGAAAGCCGGGACAGUGAGUUUGAGUUGGUCGGCUGCUUUCCACUAGGCGACGGCGACGUCACUGGUGAAACAGAAGAGGCAGCGGACUUCAAAUGCCGAGACUGGACCGAUGACAGCGCUGCAUGUCGAAGCGGUUUGCCGUUCUACCGUUUGCAAACGAACCACGACAUGACACCAGAGCUUUGCUUUGAAUUUUGCAUCGGUGCUGGAUUGGAUCUGUUUGGUUUGGUGGGUGAAGAGUGUCGCUGUGGUGCCUCCCUGCUCAACAAAGACGUGUGGCAGAUGGCGGCUCCACGAACGACGGGCCUAUUGCUACCAUUGGCCAAGCAGCUUCCCGACACAGAAAUGCAAUGCCCUGUUCGUGUCUACCGGUGGAUUGGUCCUUUCGUUUCAGGGGGCUCUGUGCCCGAGCACUUGCAAAUGUUGCAUGUUGGCAACACCAUCUACGUGGAUUCCAUUGUUACUGGAACCGACAUUUCUGAAGAACAGGAGGAAGACGGAAAGAUCCCACCGGAGUUACUUCAGAAGUUCGAUGCCGAGAGCCAACAGAUCCAAAAAGAGCGCGCGGCUUCAGGAAAAGAAGACCCUAUGUGGGACAGGCCAUGUGACGAUGACGAUGGUUGCCAAGCGGCAAGGCCGUGGAUCGAACGCACCACUGUAGCUCCAGAAGGCAUGCUCAGCCAAUGGCAAGAGUAUGUCAUGGUGCGCUACAAGUUUGAUGUUGGUGUUGAUGACACUCGCAAGGAAGCUUUCCGUGCAGCAGCAGCAGACUGGCGCACGCACACCUGCAUCGCAGUGGUGGAGGAUGAUAACGCGGCAUAUCCUUACAUCCUGGUGGGCAUCUAUGCUGAAGGAAGCUGUUGGGCCUACUUGGGACGACCUUCGACUUACCACAAGAUCAACCUGGGAUGGUGCAAAACCAUGAGCCACAAAGGAUCAAUGGUUCAUGAACUUGGCCAUGGUUUGGGCGUCAACCAUGAGCAAAAGCGUGCUGAUGGGUCGCAACAAUACCAUGGCAAGGGACCACACCUUGAGAUGUUUUGGCAGAACACUGAGUCAUGGGGAAGUCAGUACACCCCUGCCGUCAAUACCUACAUCGGUUCUGCACAUGAUGGUGGAGACGAUCCUCAAAUUGGCUAUGCUCCGUAUGACUUUGAAAGCAUUAUGCACUACUUUCGACAGCGAAAUGCCGACCGCACUGUCAACGACGGCUGGUACUUCAACACCAUUCCAUCGUCUGCCCAGAGCCUCGUCGGGCAACGCCAUGCCUUGUCUGCAGGGGACAUCAAGCAAGCUUUGGACGCGUAUCGAUGCAGAGCACCAGCCCCUACAACGACUACCACAACUACAACGACUACAACUACCACAACAACAACUACUACAACCACAACCACCACAACGACAACUACCACAACCACAACCACCACAACGACAACUACCACAACCACCACAACGACAACUACCACAACCACCGCAACCACAACCACAGUUCCAACUACAACAGCGACUACAACUACGACCACAACUACGACCACAACUACGACCACGACUACGACCAUGGCCACGACUACAACCACUACGACCACAACCACCACGACUACCACGACUACCACCACGACUACCACCACGACAACCACCACGACAACAACCACCACCACCACCACCACCACCACAACCACAACAACAACCACAACAACAACCACAACUACCACCACAACUACCACUACAACCACCACUACAACCACCACUACAACCACCACCACCACCACCACCACCACCACUACCACCACAACCACUACAACAAUUGCGUCUUCGACCGCAACGCUGGAAGCGCGCGAAGUCACGCUCAACACUCAAUCAUGGGUCAGCGUUGACUUCACCCAGCCUUUUGCGGAAGUUCCAGUGGUGGUUGUGACGCCAACCGAGUCAGGCUGCCCAUGCACACACACACACAGAAUCAGUGUUUUGGAAGACAGUGCCUGA